AUGAACCAGUACCAGCCACCGCGCCCCAGUGGCGGUAGUAACGGCGGCAGCGGCGCCUGGCUCUCGCCGGCAACUCCAUCGGCGCGCUCAGCUCGCUCAAGAGAAGGCUGCCUGACGUGCAAUCUGUCAUCACACCAUAUAGGCAAUGGCACCAGCAACGGCCAAGGCCAUAAUACCGCCAACGGCAUGCAGCAGCAGUUGCAGCUGCCGGACCGGCCCGUGUCGGCCUUUCUAUCGACCCUUGAGCGGCCACCAUUCGACGACGCUGCCGGCAAUGCAUCCGGCAGCGUGUUCCCAGCAGAAAACGGGCCCCGCUCUGGCCAUGACCGUAGCUUCUCGACAUCGGUGACUGCGUCGACGUCGUCCUCUUCGUCGCACCUACUAAGCACAGCAGGCGGACCGAGCACGAAUGGCAUGCUCGUCCAACAACAGCAGCAUGAGCAACAGCAACAAGAUGAACAACCAACAUCACAGCCACCACCUACUCAUGCUGUCAACCAAGUCUUCGAUUUUGCAAGCUUUAUGUGGGAUUCCGAUGACGUUUGGCAGGAUGUGCGCCACCAGAUGGGUGUGGGUGGGCUCAUCGCCGACAUGGGUGGAGUGCCGGGGCUUACAGGGGCCACACUGAACCAAACCAAUGGCACGGGCAGUACGACGACCGACGGAAACGGCAACCUUAUACAACACCAACAGAGGGCCACCGACAUUCACGGGAAUACGCCCACACAACGUAGGCUUUCCCUGUCGCCACAGACGGUCGAAGCACCAGUCGCCGAAAACUACCGCCUAAUGGACUACUUUAUACACGCCGUUACGCCGCCUAUUCUGGCCGAGGUCGAGACGCAGAAGAAGUGGCUGGUGAUGCGCCACGUGCUUGUCGGCAGAGCCAACGUGUCAUCCAUGGUGCGUUGGGCCAUUUUGGCAUUUUCCAACUUUAUGCUGGUGCAGCGGGAGGGCGCAUGGAUGGCCAGUCGACAGAACCACUACGAAAACGCGCUGGCAGAGGUACUGGCCGCAAUGGAAAUGGCGGCCACGGCGGCCGUACUCCUGGAUGGUGGCCAACGGCAAGACGACACGAAUAGACAUGGUAACGAUGAGAACGUGCCUGGAACGUCAGGGACAACAGAAUCUACGACUAUAUCAGCCGCGACAAACCAUGGUAACACGACCGACAAGGGUGCAUCCACAAACGGCCAUGCCGGCGUCAACGUUGGCUACGCAGCGGCGGGAGUCGCUGCGCCAAACGACGCAAAUGGCCUUAAUCAAAACAAGAACGGGAACAGCAAACUUCAUGGUCGGUUCCUGACAGGUAGUGUACAGGCGCGUGCGCCAGCCGCACAACCUGUGCUUUCCUUGGCAAGGUCGAGCGCCCACCGAGAAAACCUCCUGGCGACUCUCUUCUUCCUCAGCUACGUCGACAUACUCGAGGGCCGUAUCGAUGCCGCACAUGCCAACCUCAAACGUGCACACGAUAUUCUCAAGAGCAGUGAGAAGGGAGGCAAGUUCAGCGCAGUCGAGCGGCAGUUCCUGCUGUGGCUUCGACUACUCGACGGCCGUGCGGUAUCGGCUGGCGGUGAAGGCCUCUUUUUGUCGACAGACGACGAGGGGCUGCUUGCAGAGACGCCACCAGCGGGUGCACUUGAGGCGGAACUCGGUCAGAUGGACAGUGACGCUUGUGGAGCUGCCAAUGGUGGACCCGUCCGCACCAUGGGCAGCACCGACGGGAAGAUCGCCACGCCGACCGGCAUUGAACCGCCGCAGGACGAUAUAGAAGACGUGCUGUUCCAGAUCCUGUACCAGCCGGGCAUCCACUUUUUCCAAAAGGUGCAAAGCUUCAUGGGUCGGAUCUCGCGCAUUGACCCAUGGCAUCGGUCUCGCGGUACAGUGGAGGACGAAAUCGAUGUCAUGAACAUUGGGGCGGCCAUUGCCAAGGACUUGCGGACGCUUUAUGACAACCGACCGAUGUUAAUGGACUAUGCAGUGGCGGGCAAGCUGACGGCUGCACACGUGUCGGCCCAUCUGGCGUUUGCCGUGACGCGGUCUUUCCGUACGUACCUCUGCAACUACUACGCGAGCAAAGUACACCUGCACCGCGUGGCCUACAAGACGCUGCCCCUAACCCAAGAGGCGACGGAAGCGCUGGCGCAGAUCCGGCGCCUGGCGCGUUUGUUGGUGGAGGCACUUGAUGCCGAGGACGCGCUUCCCGCCAAUAUGCUGUGGCCGCUGCUCAUGCUGGGUUCCGAAGAGCCUGACCCGGUGGAACGGGUGUGGAUCCACACGCAGAUUAUGCGGAUGCAGACGGUGGCCGGCAACUCGAAAAUCACGGCGCAGGUGCUGGCAGAGCUGCAGGCCCGGCAGGAUGCGGCGCAAGCACGAGUAGACAUCCGGUCGGUCAUGCACGCCAUCUUCAAUUCAUGUUUUGCCAUUGUGUGA